AUGAGCUCCGUUCAAUGCAAAAUAAAGCGGAAAGAAUGGAGAAAAUUUUGCAAGAAACGGCGAAGAAAGCUCAUACGACAGAAGGCGGCCAAGGAACGCGAUCGAUUAGAAGAAGAAUUACAAAAAGAAAAAGAUGCCGACCCAGAAUAUCAGAAUCUAAUGAUCGAAAUGCUACGGCAGGAAGAAGUGGCCGCAGGUCGGGAAGCCCUGGAGCGUGCUCUCCGUAAUGCAAAAUGGCUUGAGCAAGAACACAAAGCCCAAAAGAGAUUCGAACAGUUGCGACAACAAAUCGAAACCAAAGAACGUGAAGAACGUGAAAAACGGGAACGAAUCCGGCGGGAGUUUGAGGAGCGUGAAAAACGAACCGAAGAAGCACGAGCAGAGCGCCACCGACAGCAAGAGGAAAUGCUACGCCUGAUACGGGAACGACAAAUGAAAUUGGAAGAGUUUUCGGUGACCGGCAUCGAUGACUACUUGAACGAGCUUCAAAUGGUACACAACACCCGGGCGGAUGCUGUGGAUUGUAAGUUUUUCACUAAAACAGGAACGUGCCGGCAUGGUUUAAGAUGUAGUGGAAACCAUCCAACGCCUGGCUUAAGUAAGAUUAUUCUCAUCUCAAACUUCUUCAAUCAUCCGGCGCUGGAACGUACCGUACACCAAGAGUAUGGUAAUGACGGAAGGCUUGAAUUCGACGAGGACGACUUAAAAAAUAGUUUUGUUGAGUUUUUCCGCGAUAUUGUUGAUGAGUUUGAGCGGUUUGGAAAAAUACAGCAAAUCUUGGUCUGUAGAAACUUCGGUCUGCAUCUUAGGGGCAAUGUUUAUAUUGAGUAUGAAAACUUGAGAAACGCUGCGGCCGCCUACCUUCGCAUGAAUGGAAGAUUUUACGCGAAAAAGCAACUGCAUGUGGAGUUCCGAAGCCCGAUCGUUUGGCCAGCGGCGGUGUGUGGGCUAUUUGAGUUGAAACGCUGCCAGAAGGGGCCAGGAUGCAAUUUUCUGCACAUCUUCAAGAACCCUGACCUUCGCUACCAGUACGAUCAUUUCCAGGAGAGUCGAUCGAUGCGUAAGGAGGCUUCAAUUGUGCCUGCCACGCCGCUUGUGCAAAAGAGCUGGGAUGAAAUCACUUCCGGAGCUACACAACCGUCCCGAAAUGCUGUUAAUUGGCGAUGGUCGGAGUCACCGGAACCGGAAGCAAGAGUGACCGGUUCUAAAGCAAACACUGGAGAAAGUGUACGUGAAUUAGAAAGCGGUAAAAAUGACAGACGAUUCCGUAGCCAUACUCGCAGCGACAACAGAAGAAACCGUAGCCGCAGUCGGCGAAGACGAGACAAUCGAAGUCGUAGCGGCAGUCGGCGAAGACGAGAUAAUCGAAGUCGAAGCCGCAGCCGAAACCGGAGUCGAAGCAGUAGCUAUAACAAAGAUCAAGGGCAUGGUGAAAAGAACAGUGCGAGGCGAAAGGAUCCUACAUCGGGUAGUAAAAGAAGCAAUAAAUACAAACGAAAGCAUCGAAGUCGAAGCUCUAGCAGUACAGGCGCUGGGAGCUCUAAAGAUACUAAAGGAAAACGACAGACUAGUCGUAAUAGAAGCCGGGAUCGUGAAGCCAAAAAAGGAUCAUCAUCGAAGACGAAGAACCGUGAGCUAUAACUGUAAGAAUAUAAUGUGAAAAUUGCAGUAGAAUCCGUGAAUUGCUGCGAA